UCAUGAAAGGGAUUGUGGACACGGAACCUUUCUUUCUUUCCUUGUUUCAGGUCGAAAGCAUUUUCAGAUUGGAGCACUGUAGACAAGCACACAUAGCAAGUUGGCUAACUUGGCUUUACGCUGCUUUUUCGAUUUGGGAUUUUAUUUACAUUUGUGUUCAGGCUUGGAAAUGGACAGCAACCAGGAGUCCAAAGACGGCUCAGACCGAUCAGAACUCGUGUCUGAAGACGGUAAAAAUACCAAGUCCGUUUUGUGCCAACGAUGCGGAUGCAAAGUGCUGUGCCCAGGCAUGGCCGUAUUUGCAGAAAAAGAGCUUUUUCUACCAGCCAUGCAGAAAAAGCGCAGCCUCAACUCCACAGAAGACUCGGUUGACGGCGACACUCUGACUUCUCACUGGUUGGUGGACGACAUGUACACUUUUGAGAACGUGGGCUUCACAAAAGACGUAGGAAGAAUCAAAUAUCUCAUCUGUGCCGAUUGCGAGAUUGGACCCAUCGGCUGGCACUGUUUGGAUGACAAGAAAUGUUUUUACGUUGCUUUGGAAAGAGUAAAUCACGCAUAAUGGUGACGAGUAUGUGAGCCCUAAAGACUUAAAACUACGUGUUUGCAGACUACACAUUAUUUGUGGAUUUAAUUUGAUUAAAUCCUUCAGAUAUCUGUGUGUUUACAGAUUUGUGUGUACUUUGUUGUCUCAGAACUGCAUUGUGCUUGUUCUUAUCAAUCACUGACAAUAUUCAGAUCAUUCUGUCUUAAUAAAAGUUUCUACAGUUAUUCCUAA